CCUGUGAAAGGCAUAUAUUCUCUCCCUCCGCCGGUUUGUGGAAUUCCUGGUCGAAGACCUUGACAGUCCUUUGUCCACACACUUCUCGCCAUAGGAAGUUCUCUCGGGCUGCUGCUGCAGCACUUCGGGGCUCGGGAGGCGCAUCUUCCUGCAGCCACGAGCGCCGCGACGAUGCCGCUGAGAUGCGCCUUUUUCUCCGGCGCUGCGCUUUUCCUUCUGACGGUAGGGCUGGAGAGGGGUCAUGGGUGGUGGGGGUUUGGCUGGCGAAGGGGAGAUCGCAGUAGGGGCUUCCGGAGGCUCCACGCUUUGCCUUGUCCAGCCCAAGGAGGAGAUCAUGCAGCAGCGUCCUGGGAUUCAAAUAUCCCCGUCUCCUUGGAAACCGCCAGGUAGCAUCACCUGCUUCUUAAAAAUAGUCCCUAGUGCGUCGGGGCGCGCACGGUACUGAACUCCAGGACGCGCUCUGCCCCUGUGCCUUUUUCUCCUCCGGGUCAAGUGAAAGCCACAUGCAUACAAACGUAUAUACAAUUUUAUUUCCCCAGGUUUUUUCGGGUGCUUUUAAGCUCUUUUGGACUGCUGUUGGUCCCCAUGGCAUAUUCAAAUUAACUUAAUUUGCUCAUUUAUUCGUCUGUUUUAAAAAUAUACUCCUAAGGUUAUUACAAUAAUCCUGCCAAUGUCAAUGUUCUUCUCUGUUUAGUUUGUAAAUAUUCAACAAACCAUUUCCAUUCUUUUAUAAUAAGUUUCUUAUCUUGAUUUCUUAUUUUUCCGGUAAGUUUCGCCAUUUCUGCAUAUUCCAUAAGUUUUUGUAUCCAUUCUUCUUCUUUCCAUUUAACGUUCUUGCCACUGUAGUUGCAUACAUGAAUACAUUUCUAUACAGUUUGGGUAGUCCCAUCCCUAUAAUUCCCAAAAGGAAAGUUUUUGGGUUUGUUUGUUUUUUAAAAACAUUAUUUUAAAAUUCUUUUUCAAUUCAUUAUAUAUCAAUUCCCAGUAAGCUUUUUUAAACCUUACUACUGGUUAAUAUCAUCAGUUGUUUUUCCUUUAGAUAAGUGCAAUUCAAGUUCUCUCCAGGUCUGAUAGUUUCCUAAACAGUUAGUAUUCCUCUCAUGUAAAGACAAAAUUGUUCCAAUAUCCUUCUAGUGUUUUGAAUCUGUUCUACCCCCUUGUUAAAUGAAUGGGGAGGGGAAUAGAUCCCUUUUUAAAAGACAUCUAAUUUUUUCCAAAAUACGAGUUGAAUUGGAAAGAUACCAAAUGAGUCUAGAACAUAGCAGCUGCUUCCUAAAGCUACAAAUCUAGAUGUCAAAUCUUUUUGCCUUGUGCACAUUCUACCAUCCCAUUGCCCCAUGUACUAAAGCUUAGCACAUUGUCUCAGCGUUACAAGAAGAAUAAUGCUGAUGGGGGGGGUAUUGUUUUUAUUUUUAUUAUGUAUUUUGUGGUUUUAUAUCUUGAUCUUAUUCUGCGACCCACCCUGAGACUCCCGGAUAUAGAGCAGUAUAUAAGUUCAAUAAAUCAAUCAAUCUAGGCACACAUGCUGGGGAAUGUGUUCUCCUGAACUCAAUGAGACUAGCUACUGUCAACAGGAUUGCACAGUAACAGACCCUUCUUUGGGACCAAGAACUUUUAAGCUAUUGGAAAGCGAAGUAGCCAGCAAGCUAAAAGCGAUUCUGCACUCUGGUGUUCCGUCAUGUUGUUGUUUGCUCUGCUUCUAGCUUGGCACCAGGCAUUAUGAAAACUUAAAUUCCUGAGGUUUCAGUGACGUAACAGCAUCAACAUUCUGUAAAACAAACUAUUCCUUUAAAAAUGUCUUGAGAGAAGGAGAUUGUACAACUUUGCAGUGCAACAUGUUCUACGGUCUUAUCAGAAUGGAUUUCCCCCCACUGUGGUACAGUUCAGUCAUAAGCUGCUAGAACCUAAUGAAUUGCCUUUAUUUUUAUGUAGCUGGCUGCCCAUUCUUCUUCUUCUUGAUAUUAGUUUAUCCCACACUCCCUCCAGAGAGAUCAGGACUGCAUGCAUAGUUCCCCUCAAAUUUACAACAAGAUAGGUUGGGCUAAGUUGGAGAUAGCAAGCAUUCCAAGGAGAAAUCAACCAGUUUGUUUCAUAGCUGAGCAGAAAUACGAAUAUAGGACUUCCUGAUCCAAGUCUGACAUUUUGUCUACAGUUAUUCGCAGCCUAAAGGGAACUGGCUAGAAUAGAGUCAACCAGGUGGAUUUCAAUCUCUCUUCCAACCUUUUAUGUUUUAUUUACAAAUAAUUCUACCUGAAGGAAACUUCAUUUUGUCCCAAAUCCCACUUUAAGAAGAAUUCUUCAACACCCCACCUCAGAACACAUGUAAAGCUCUCAUUAACUUCUAGAGCCAUUUUCUUAAGUAUUAGUAGUUUUGGUUUCUUUUGAAACCCUGCUGAUAAUUUAUUGAAGCAAUCUCAUGUUUCCAGCACUGAGCAGCCCCUCCAAGCUUUUGUGGUGAAAGGAUUGCUAUUGAGCAGAGGGCUUUGUUUUUGUUACAAGAGAUUAAGUGCAUGCCUGCUGCAAAAAGGAAAACCGAAGAACUGUUCCAGAACAUGCCCCAAUAGUCAACAGAAAGUUAUUACAACUGAAGUGUGAUAUGCCCCAGUUAAUGUGAAUAGCACAUGUCUUAUUUCACAAUUCCUAGGCUGAUCUUCUUUCUUGGUUGAGGGAAGAAAAGGAUACAGGCAUCAGUGAGAAUAGAACUUGGUUUAAACACUUCUUGUCCUUGCAUACAAAUUCUUCCCCCCGUUGUUCUUUCAUGUUUACUCUUUCUUCGUUUUCAUCAUUUUGACAUUAUUUCAGUUUGAAUGAACUCUGUAUUCUAGCUGCUAUGUAGGUAUGUGAAGGCAGAUGACUUCAAGGAUUUGUUUUUUCAUAAAUGUUUGGAUUGAUAAAUUGAAAAUAUCCUUUGGCUUCAGUUCCCAAAGAUGGUUGGGUUUAUAUUUCUCCUUAGCCACAAACUUGGUAGCUGACCUUAAGCAAGUCACUGAGUGCAUUCAGACAUUGUGCUAAACGAUGGCUUGGUAUGUCCUGUGUGGAACAUUAGGUGAAAGAAGCAUGCGUAUAUUUACCAUGCUAGGCAUUACUUUUCAUUUCUGAUGUCUAAUCACUGAAAACAUUAAGGAGUUUUUGCAUAUUUCAGUCAAUUCCAGGAACACCUGUAUCAAAACCUCCCUGGCUACCUUUUCUCUAAGCUGAAAAUAUCCUGUGUUUUGCUUAUCUUAUCAGUUUGUUUGAGAAGUGAUCAGCUCAGUCGUCCAAGAACUGCUGCACCAGUAUAUCAUAAUAUUUGCAUAUGUUUGUUCAAGUAUUGUCUCAUCUGCCUUGAGUUAGCAUUGCCUUCUCCAAGGACUACAACUUGCAGCAUAAGUAACCAGCACAAACAUCUGGGAGGGUUACCGGGUUGGGCAAGGCUGGGUUGGAACAUCCUUGAAUUGUAGAAUCUGAACAAGAGAAAUGUUGGGGGUGGGGUUAGCCUGAAGGUACAUUGUGUUUGGAACUGCUACAUUUGCUGGUACAUUGGGAUAAAAUUGCAGAUGUUGGUUAAUGAAACCAAAAUUUGAUUGAGUCUAGACUUCGGGAGUCAGUUGAGUAUUUCCAUUACUUAUAAGUGCUGGUUGUGAUCCAGCCAAAGUUGAGCACUUUACGUUCCUGCUGAAAUCAUAGGCGUACUUACCAUAGUCUGAUUUGUACCCAUUCUUACAGAUGGUGGAAAAACCUUGUUGAUACUGAAUUUUCUUAUGCAUCAAUAUCUAGGAAUAAUACUUUUUAUAUUGCUGUUCAAUAUAGAGUUAUCAGGGUAGUUUACGGCUGUUAAAAAUAAAAUAAGAAUGCACCAGAACACUAGCAAAAUUGUAAAGGUACAGGGUAAAAGCAGUAGUAAACAAUCAUGAUUCAAAUUCCUGCACGUGGCAAAAGUCUGGGGAAAUAAAAAGGUUUUCAUGUGGCGCUGAAAAGUGAUUAAGGGUGGCAAUCCUAUACCCACUUACAUGGAAGUAAGUCCCAUCAAAUUCAGUAGGGUUUACUUCUGGAUAGGAUUAUUCUGUGACGUAGGGGGCAGGUGAGCCUAUCUGGGGUGAAACUUCUCUAAGUGGGGUUUCACAAAAGAGCAGGUCUUAUCCCUGUUGUCCACUUGACUCAUCUCAAAUAGCAGGGAAAGACAAGCAGCUGCAGCUCUGAAUACUGCCUCAGUGCCCAGGAAAGUUGGUGUGGAAUUAGACAUUUCUUCAGGUCCCAAGCUGUGUAGGGCUUUAAAAGUAAAUCCUGGCACUCAGAAGCAUUCCAGCUCCUUAAGCACAGGUAAGAUAUAAUCCGAUGCACGGUCCCAGUUAGUUGCUUUGUGCUUGCUUUCCUUACUAACCUUUUGCAAUCUGGUGCCCUUCAGAUGUUCUUGGACUACAAUUCCCAUCAGCCACAGCCAACAUGGCCUUGCUGGCUGGGGAUGAUGGGAGUUGUAGUCCAAAACAUCUGGAGGGCACCAGGUCAGGGAAGGCUGUUCUAUAUUAAAUGCAUUUUCUGCACAGUCCUUAAACAGGGAAGUCAUAGAGGAAGCCUUAUUGAGUAAUUAACUGUUGAGUAGAGAAGCCCAGAGAAAUUUGACGCAGACACCUUGGAGAUCAACCAUGAUAUAACAGGUUCAGCAACGUUUCUGUGCUUGGCCAGAUACAGUUGAUUGCAAAUGACAGUUACGUUAUAGUUGGGUAUAAUCCUUAGGAAAACAGCUACAGUUCUGAGUAAGUUUGUUGCAUCAAGGCAGAUGACACAGAACAGGGAAAGCUGGUGACCUCUACAGAGUUGACUCAUUUUUUGUUCAGUUUUUCAGGUGAAUGGAAGGGCAACAUUUUGCAUAAAUGUUCAGGGCUGGGGUGAAUAAAAUAGGUUGGUGCUUGUUGGCAUUUAUUGCCUGGUUGAGGAACAUGGGAAGUCACUGCCAGGGCGUGGAAAGAGAUUAUGGGACAUUAUAGCAUUAUAAGCACCCUUGAAUUUUGAAGCCUCUGUGGCCACAACAGCCUCAAUCACCCAGUGAAAACAUCACAUUCCUAACAAAGCCAGAUCUUUAAUUGAAGAAUGCAUUCAUUACAGAUGUCAAAGUUGCCUGGCUUUUCAGGGUGUGAUACUGCGGGUAGCAUGACUUUGCCAGUGCAACAUCCUUCUUACUCUUGCCCUUUUCUCCAUCUGUUAAGGUUCUUGCCAUCAACAGCUUCUACCAUGCCCUGGGAGAUGACUGCAGUCUAAGGAAGACCAUCUACAAGAGAAGCAGCCAGGUGGGGACUCGGUUAAGUUCUCCAGUAGAUAACAUUAAAAACCAGAUAGAUAUUAUCUGCAAAUCUCUCUCUCUCUCUCUUGUUUUACAAUGGCUUGUGCGUCUGUUGAUGGGGGAGGAUAAUUGAAUCUGGAUCUAUAUUUUGAUGAGGCUGGACAGAUUUUAGAUUCUGAGUCCUUAAGAAGUUAUGUACAUACAUAUCCAUCUACUUAUGGCAUGUGUGAGGGACGCGGGUAGCGCUGUGGGUUAAACCACAAAGCCUAGGACUUGCUGAUCAGAAGGUCAGCGGUUCGAAUCCCCGCGACGGGGUGAGCUCCCGUUGCUCGGUCCCUGCUCCUGCCAACCUAGCAGUUUAAAAGCACGUCAAAGUGCAAGUAGAUAAAUAGGAACCACUUCGACGGGAAGGUAAACGGUGUUUCCGUGCACUGCUCUGGUUCUCCAGAAGCGGCUUAGUCAUGCUGGCCACAUGACCCGGAAGCUAUACGCCGGCUUCCUCGGCCAAUAAAGCGAGAUGAGCACCGCAACCCCAGAGUCAGCCACGACUGGACCUAAUGGUCAGGGGCCCUUUACCUUUACCUAUGGCAUGUGUAUGAAAGUCCCACUACAGGUCAAUGAACAAAGGAGGAAGCUUAUCUUCUGUUACUGAACUUACCAGUGUGGGGCCGAAGGAUAUAUUUGGAACAUUAUUUUAAACUCCCUAUAUUUUAAUGUUUGUUUUGAAAAAGAGGCACCUGCUACAGUGAUACACAUAGGUGGUUGUAACAUAAGUGCGCUCUUUUCACUCCCAGGAUCUGAAGCUGCUCGACAGUCUUCGUCCUUUGCGUCGCACCAAAAGGAGAUGGGUUAUUACCACCCUAGAACUUGAGGAGGAAGACAAAGGGCCAUUCCCAAAACGUGUCGGAGAGGUAAAAGCCAAUGUGUAACGUGUUGGAAAGCCUUGCAUAUUUAUUUAUUUAUUUAUUUAAAUAAUAUUUAUUGCUUUUAUACCUUACAAAAAGAAAAAAGAGAAAAGAAAAAAGAAAAGAAGAGGGGAAAAAAACAAAAGAGAAAACAAUACAAUACAAUAUAUAAACAAUACAGAACGCAACAUUAACAUUAACACAUUAAACAAAACAAAAGCGAAAACAAUUCAAAAAAACACACAUCGUACCAUCUCAAUAUCCUCUCUUUCAUUCCCUUGUUUCAUCGACCUCCUCUCACCUCCCUUUUUGUAUUCCAUUUCUAUUAAUUGUUUCAGCAAAUCCUUUCCAUCUUUCUCUAUUUUCUGUCAUGUAAUUAUCUUAACAUAUUUUAACCUUAUUUUCCAUUAAUACUAUAAUACUUAUUUAUACUUAAUUCCUUAAAAUAUUUCUACUAAAGCCAUAUAAUUCCCUUCCAACAUUUUCCUAACACUCAUUAAUUUUACAUUAUUUCCAUAUAUAGGUUUUAAACUUUUUCCAAUAUUCUUUCACCGUCUCUUCUCCCUGGUCUCGGGUUCUGCCAGUCAUUUCCGUCAAUUCCAAAUAGCCCAUCAACCUGGUGAUCUUCUGUCCGAGGCUCUUAACACUUUUCCAGGUCCCUUCUGCAAGUCUUCUUCAUAUUUAUACAUGCACUUCACUUUGUCUUCUCCUGAUCUUGUUCUUAUUUUCCUUCCUUUGAUGCUGAAAAAUAGAUCUCCGGGAAAUUCCCAUCUAGCAAUGUUUUUAUUCCUUCUCGACAAGUCAGCCAAAUCUCCAUAAUUAAAACUGAAAUUCAAAAGAUAUUUCCAGUCGUGUUCCAAAGUUCCUCCAAAUCUGGCAGUCCCCACAACUCCAGUCUCCUUCUGACCCAAGUCCCGGUCCCAAAGGUCAAUCUCCAGUCCAAGCGGGGCUCCAAUCCUAAAAGUCUGACUUUCUCUGAAUUCAGUCUUGGAAGGCAUCAACUUAUAAUUAUCAAAUUGCAACUGUAAGGCUGGAGCUCUCUGCCUCACCACUUGUGCCACUUUAGGUUCCACCGCAAAAACUUUCUCCCCCGCCUUCUCCUCAAUUUGCCAUGUCAAAAUAGAUCCCUGUAUCGAUUCCUGAAUAAUUUCUGUAUUAAUAUUGACUUUUUGUGCCAAAUUAGUCACUUUUUGUUCCAAGUUAUCAAUUUUUAUAGUCCUCACAUCCGUCUUCUUAUAAAGCUGUUCCAGUGAAUGCAUUGUUCCAAAAUGCAACCACUAAGGCUUCUUCUGUCAACAUUCUUAACGAAUCAAGGUCAAUCCCAGAUUCUCACAGUUUUAUCUUGCAGGUGGAAAAUUCCCCCAGCUCAGCUCUUGUAACAAUUUCAAAGGCUUCCUCUAGGGGGAAACAAUUUCUAUUUGUAUCAGUCAUUUUAAGCACAGUUCAAACAAUAAAGUUAGUUUCAAUUUUCAGUUACUUUUACUCCUUUUUAAACGCAGAAGGAGACAAUGGAAACAAUGUAUUUCUCUUCUUUAACUUACUGUCAGCAGACAAUCUAUUCACAGUCAAUGAGCAUAUCCUAAACUUCAAUGCUUACUAGCAGCCUGUUUCCAGGUUCAGAGCGGUGGUAAUUUGACUUUCUUCACUCUCUCCUGCAGGCUUACACGAUCUUAAAUCUCCCCCCUCUUCUCCUGCUUCCAAGGGGGGUUUGAUGAUUUAACCGAUGGAAGUUUAAUCCUUUAUGAGAGACUUUCCAAGGCUUUAGCUUGCAGCCUCUUUGCUUCAAUCUAUUUACAAAAGGGGGAGGCGGACUUCCUGUUUGAAACCUCCCCGUUUCAGUGCCAAAUUAAGACGUUUAAAAAUCCAAUUUUCCGUUCUACUCACAGGUAGUUGUUUUAAGAUCAAAUUGUCCACAGGAAAAAGUCAGCGCUCUCCUGCAACAGCAAUGCGGCUUCACUCCGUGAAAGAAGCAGUCGAUUCAAAGCACUGUGCCACUCACCCCACGUCGCUCCGGAUCCCCGAAACCGGGUUUCCCCACGAGUAGGGGAGGCGCAAAAGGUGCCAGCUGAAUCCCACGUCCACAAGCUUCUCCCGCCUGUGGUUUUUAGUGGGUCUCCGCCUUCGCCGUGGCGGCCAGACCCUGAUUUCCAUGGAGCGGAUUCCUCCCGAUCAGAGGAAUUCCGCCAUUGCCGGAGGCGCUAACCCGGAAGUCUCAAGCCUUGCAUAUUUAUAGUCUAGUUUUUUGUGUUUCUGGCUGUGUUCCCCAAGGGCAAUUUGCAUCUGAGUCAAGCCUUCAGCAGCUUGUGCCGUGAUACGUUUGCUCAUGUGUUGCAGGAAGAACAGCCGAGAACAUUUUGUGUGCACCUUAAAGUGUGUGCAUGUUGGGAGUUUCUUCUGCCUGAGGGCCAUAUUUGCCCUUUGUCAACCCUUCAGGGAACACAUGCAGGUGGGGAUAUGGUCUAAAGUGGACAUAGACACCUUCUUGAGAGCCAGUGUGGUGUAGGGGUUAAGAGCGAUAGACUUGUAAUCUGGGGAACCGGGUUCGCGUCUCCGCUCCUCCACAUGCAGCUGCUGGGUGACCUUGGGCCAGUCACACUUCUUUGAAGUCUCUCAGCCCCACUCACCUCACAGAGUGUUUGUUGUGGGGGAGGAAGGGAAAGGAGAAUGUUAGCCGCUUGAAGACUCCUUCGGGUAGUGAUAAAGUGGGAUAUCAAAUCCAAACUCUUCUUCUUCUAAUUCUCUGGCCACAUCUGCACCCUACAUUCGAAGCAUCCUGAUCACAUAGGAUCACAGGAACUGUAGUUUAAGGGUGCUGAAAGCUGUUAGGAGACUCCUGUGCUCUGAGUUACAGUUUCCAGAGUACCCUGGGAAGAGGAAUUGACUGUUAAACCACUCAGGAAAUUGUAGCCCAGUGAGGGGGAAGCCAUGACUGCUACAUGCAAGGUGCAGAUGUGGCCAUUCUCAGAUGCACACCACAUGCCCACAGGUUCACAGCUUCCCCACAUCUGAUCCUUGUAGAUAAGCUGAGAAGACGGCUAGUACCCCAUCCCAAAUCAUUAGAUCAAUCAUCUGAAGUGUGGGGAGGGAGUGGCCCUCAUCUCCUAGGCCGGGCAGAGAAGUUGUAAGUUUUCCUGCCAAGGUCACAGUGUGGAAAAAAAGCAUGAUGGCUCUCCUGGACUCUUCAUGUCCCCCCCACAAUGCCUCUUUCCCGUGCCAGCCCCCAGGCAGUGCUGCAAGAGCUGCAAUUUUUAAAAUGUUGAGUGCCUUAGAAUUGCUUUUAAAUAAAUGGAUAUUGGGUAUGGGGCUGGUGAAUCACCACCUUAGAGAUGACCAAGAGUAUCUGCACCCCACCCCCUGGAAGAAUGUCAGUUGGAGUUACUAGGAAGUCUCCAAACCAAGGAAGACUUGGUUUGGCAAGUCUCUAAGUCCCCCCUUUCAUGCUUGUCACAUGGAUGACAGGCCCCAUUGACGCCUAAUGCAGGAGGAAGCUACAAUUGGAAAUUUCAAGCUCGUGCAUGUUUAUAAUCUUCAUCUUUAAAUAAAAGCGUCACUGGCAAUGUUUACUUACCUUCUGGGACAAUUUUUUUGUCUCCUCCCCACAAAACACACACACACAGUCUCUGGCACUUUCUUUAAAAUAUAUUUUAGGAGGCAAUUUUUUAAAGCACUUUAGAAAAUUCAGUUGUAACGGAGCAAUGAAGUAGCAUAUAUAAUUGCAUCUCUUAGUCUGUGCCACUUAAUUUUUUUUAAAAAAAUAGUUUCUAUUAAGUUUUCAAGUUAUACAUCUCAAAAUAUGCAUUUUACACAAUACUAUAUAUCCAUCGACUGCCCUCCUUCUCCUUCCCAUGGUUCAUUUCACUUGUCUAUCAUUCCUGCAUAUUUUACUGUAACCAUUUUACUCAGCUCCCCAAUUUAAAUCAUUCAAAUAUUAAUCACACUGUUGAAUUUAUCUUAAUGCUGCCAGCGUCUUCAGCUGUGCACAGUUGUUUUACAAAUACUCAGCAAAUAUUUUCCACUCCUCUUUAAAUAGAUACUCUUUUUGCUCUAUUUUUCAUGUGUUAAACCUGCUGGUUCUGCAAAUUAUAUCAUGUGUUACACCUGCUGGUUCUGCCAGUGCUCCUUACUUGGGACCUCCCUUGCUUUCCAUCUUUGGGCUAACAAAACUCUAGCUGUCGUUGUUGCAAAUAUAAAUAAUUUUUUAAAUUUGUAAGUUCUAUGCCUGACUUCUAUACUUUUGAUUUCCCUGUUUCCCCUUAUAUUCUGAAGUAAUAUUUCCAACAGCAAAAUAAACAACAGUGGAGAUAAAGGGCAGCCUUGUCUAUUCCCUUUUCUUAUUUGGCAUUUGUCUGAGAGAUUAUUAUUUACUAAUAUACUUGCAGAUUGGUCAUUAUAAUUGCAUGUACUCUCUUACAAUAAAAGGACUGACUGUUGUGUGUCACCAAACUGUAACUCUUGGGAUUUUGUGUGUGUUAAAUAUGCGCCUUGAGGAUUUCAUUGCAAUGGCAUUGGCAUCACUAAAACAUCUGUGAGAUGGCACAAGAAUUAAGGGUGGGAAACUUUUCCUUAAGAAUCAUGCUGCUGAUGGUGAUAAAUACUAUUAUUAUUUAUUAUUUUAAAAAAAAACACAAAAAAUCUACAUUAGGGGUGGAUCAACACACAGGACCCCCCCCCCCGCUAUAAAUAAGUCAGAAAUUAAAUUGUUAUAACAAAAGAAGAAGAAAAAUGCUCUGGAAAAUCGCUUAGAAUUUUUUUCUUGCUCUCUGGGGCCAUCUGGUGUUGCAUGUUUAUAAUACAUUCAAAAAGGUGGUUUUUUGACUAAUGUAGCUGAGUCCCUAGGAUUAUCAGAAUAGUAAAAUGUAGAAGAAUCUUGCCAUUAAAAUAUUACUCUGCUGAUAAGAUUAACCUUUAAACGACAGCCUGUUUUGCUUUGUAGCUCUUUAAUGAUGUAUCACGCAAGCGUGAUAUAAAUGUGAAAUAUUUAAUCAGUGGACCUGGUGUGGAUGAAUAUCCAGAGCCUGGACUGUUUUCUAUCGAGGAUGAUGUGAAUGGACAUGUAUCUGUGCACCGUUCCAUUGAUCGAGAGAGAAACCCUUCUUUCACGGUAUUUACUUUACUUUAAACCUUUUUUUCUUUUUUAGAAGUCCAUAGAACACAUGAGCCAGUCGCUAAUUUAAUUUUCUUGCUGAUUAUCCAUCGUUCAGAUACGUUUUGAUGUUGCGGAUAGGACGACGAAUGAAAUAGUGGAUAAAUCUUUACUCUUCAAUGUUAAAAUCAAGGAUAUAAAUGAUAAUGCGCCUGAGUUUUCUAAAAAGGAAUUUAACAUCACAAUGAAAGAAAACCACAACAGAAGUGAGUAUCCUGGAUACUGUUGAUAGCUUCGCUGCAUAUGGUCCUUGUCAAGGACAGGGUUGCUCAAACUUUCUACUCUCAGGACCCACCUGAGAUAGCUGCAGAAUACUGAAGCCAACCCGUCACAAAAUGACAGAGCAGUGGCAGAGCCAGUCACAAAAUGGUAGCCAGUGCAGACAGACUUUGGCAUAAUCAGCUGGCAAUUACUGAGAUCAUUUUCUAUUGCUAUUUAAUCCAUCUUUGGACACUGCCAACCUCUUUGGCACAGACAGCAUUUUCUUUAGGGCUCAGCUUUCCUUAAGUUAAGUACAGAAAUUUGAUCUGGAGUUAUUUUGACUCGGUCUUCCCAUUUUAGGAAGAAUUUGCGGACCCAGAGGAUCCAAGUAAAGAAGGCUUUUUAUUUUAUAUUGUUCCUUUUCCCACCCCAUGUGCCUCGAGCAUUUUUACUCAUCUCCUAUAAUUUCUUCUCCCAUUUCCCUUUCAUCCCUUCUCUGGUCCUUUUACAUUCACUUCCUCCUCCUAUAGCAGCUUUCAUCUUUCUUAUCCUCUAUCUAUCCAUCUCAUUUAUCACCGUCAUCACACCCUUUGUCCUACUGUCUAAUUUUGUUCAAUACCUCCUCUGCCCCAUUUUCCUCAGAAGUGGAAGACUUUCCUUUCUUCUCCACUCCACUUUUGCACCUCUCUGCUUCUCAGCCACCUUUACUCAGGAUGGAGUUGCUGGCAUUGGUGGAGCCUAAAGUCUAUGGCAUGGCUAGGGGUUGCAGCAGGCAAACAAGAAGGCACUGAGCAGGCAGUGGCAAAAGCUGUUGGCUUUGCUCUGAAUCUGGUAACAAAUUUGCCCCCAUGGGGAGAUUGCCAAGAGGUGGGCUCUUCUGGUCAACUAUACAAGGGCCAAGAAUGGAAGUACAGUCGUACCUUUGAACAAAAUCCGUUCCUGAAGUCUGUUCGACUUCCAAAACAUUCACAAUUCAAGACGCGGCUUCCGAUUGGCUGCAGGAAGCUCCUACAACCAAUCGGAACCCAUGUCGGAUGUUUGGAUUCCAAGGAACGUUCACAAACCGGAACACUCACUUCUGGGUUUGUGGCUUUUGGGAGCCAAAACAUUCGAGUCGCAAAGCGUUUGACUUUCAAGGUACGACUGUAUAGUAAAGACACACUAUAAAGGUAAAGGGACCCCUGACCAUUAGGUCCAGUCGUGGCCGACUCUGGAGUUGCGGUGCUCAUCUCGCUUUAUUGGCCGAGGGAGCCAGCGUACAGCUUCCGGGUCAUGUGGCCAGCAUGACUAAGCUGCUUCUGGCUAACCAGAGCAGCACAUGGAAACAUCGUUUACCUUCCCGCCCGUACCUAUUUAUCUAAUCGCAUUUUGACGUGCUUCCGAACUGCUAGGUUGGCAGGAGCAGGGACCGAGCAAUGGGAGAUCACCCCGUCAUGGGGAUUUGAUCCGCCAGCCUUCUGAUUGGCAAGUCCUAGGCUCUGUAUUAUUCCCUUGCUAUAAACACUGUACCUUCCCCAAUCAUAGAUGAACCAGUGUUCAAUGCCACGGCCUAUGACAAGGAUGAAGAAGGCACUCCUAAUUCUCUAGUGGAGCAUUCUUUGGUUUUGCAGACACCUCGUACAAAAGAACCUAUCUUCACCAUUGAUCCUUCAAGUGGCCUGAUUCGUGUCACGGGAUGCUCAGAUUAUCAGGUAUAGAACUUGUAAAUACAUUUUGUCUUCUUAAGCUCUGCCCCCCCCCUUUUCGGCAUGUAUACACUUGUGAAAAUAAUUUUGCCUUCAGUAUGUCACUCUUUAAAUCCAUUGCCCUAGUAUUUCCUCUACAAAUUGCCUUUCAGCAGCCUAAUCUUUGUAAAAAAAUAUCCCAUGCAAGGCAAACAAAUGCAGUGUAAACAAAUGGGCCAUCAUUGUUGGUGUUGGGUCAGGGAGAACUGGCUCAGCCUGAUCCACUUAGCAAUGAGUCACUGAGUGACCUUUUGCCUUCACUUUGCUCCAGUAGCAGAUGGGUGGUGGUGGUGCAGUGGAGCUUACCUGACCACCUGAUACUGAGCUGCUGCUUAUUGGGAGGAAAAAUGGAGGUGCUGGGGAGGUCAACAUGGUGCAAAUGCAUCAGCAUGCUCCUAUUGCUGCAUUUGCAGUGUGGGGGCUUCCCCAGAGCUCUGCCCUUCCCAGGAAGCAGCAGUGACUCAACAGUUGGGAGGUCAGGUACGUGCCACCUCCUCAACAUACCAUCCGUUACUGCUGUGUCCUACAUCACUGGUGCUGAGAGAAUGAGAUGAGAGAUGGGGUCUAAAGGCCAUAUUUAUACAGAAUUACGGUCCUGUGCAAAUUACACCAUGGAGCAAAAACAUUUGAAUUUACCCAAGGCCAUGGACCUCAAAACUCAUCUUUAAAGGCAGUCUCAGUUGUGGCCACACAACAUGCAUGGGGGAAAAAAUUGAAUAAAGCUAAUAGGUAUCUUUGCAGCAGAAUCAAUCCAAAGUUUCUGGUGGUUAAUUGUGGCCAUUUCAGGAAAGCUGGAUUCUAACUUGGUCAGUCAGACCACGGGCCUUACGUUUUGCAAAUGCAUCUUUCCUCUUUGGAAAGUUUGCAUGGCUUUGGAGUUAAUGAAUUCACACCAAUAUCAUCUCGGACAUAUGGAGAGUGAUGAUGUUUUCAUAUUUUAACGUUUUCAAGGAGACCUCGGCUUUCAGACUUCUGGUCAAAGCUACAGACCAUGGGAAUCCACGGCUGUCAUCAACAGCAACCAUUAAUAUUGCUGUGGAAGAUUCAAACAACAACGCACCACUGCUUGCUAAAGGAACUGUAAGGACAUAUUGCUUGAGCGCUAUUGUCAGGGUGGGAGAGAGUUUUCCAGGUCCCAGUUAUGAAGUCAAAAGAUUUGCCUUUUUCAGGGCCCACUUUAAGGCAUUGUUUUCCAUCAGUGCUGACAGCCCUGCAGGUAUACAGCCUAAUCAGAAUGCUACUGCAAAUUCCUCAAAAAUGUAAUUAUUUGGACUCUCUUUUAUUGUUUGAAUCAGAUUCAUCCUGGUUCUUGGAUAUGCUUAAGUCAUGCCCAGCUUUUCCCUGACCUCUAAGAUGGGGCUCUGUCAUUACUGAGUCUAUUUUUGUAUGCCGCUUGGAGAAUCUAAAAUAUGAAGAUUAGAAAUGCUUCAAAAUAAGUAAUAAACAUGCAAAUGCCAAGUUGUGUACAGGGGUCAGCGGCAUGUAUACAAGCCCUGCUUCUGAAGUCAUUCUGCAUGUCAUUGCCCGUGCGCUGACUUUCCCUAGUGUUGUGCCAGGAAUUCAAGAAUAGAACUCUCUGCAUAACUGAGGACCACACUUUAUCAAUGCAACUUCUGCCUGCACAGUCCAAUCCUGGGGGCAGAUUUAAUUAAAUAGUUGCACAAGCAGGAACAACAACAACAACAACAACUUUAUUUAUACCCCGCCCUUCUGGCUAGGUUUCACCAGCCACUAUGGGCAGCUCCCCAAAAAAUAUUACAACCACGAUAAAACAUCAAACAUUAAAAACUUCCCUAAACAGGGCUGCCUUCAGAUGUCUUCUAAAAGUCAGUUAGUUAUUUCCUUGACAUCUGAUGGGAAGGCGCCACUGCCAAGAAGGCCCUAUGUCUGGUUCCCUGUAACCUCACUUCUCACAGUGAGGGAACCACCAGAAGGCCCUCAGAGCUGGACCUCAGUGUCCGGGCUGAACGAUGGGGGUGGAGACGCAUUAUAACAUGUCCCACUUCUACAGUGGGUUUUUCCCCCUGUCUCCACUUCCUAUGCCUCAAAACAGCACACAGUGGGAAGAUAGGGGAAAUCAUUUUACCAGGCAAGCAGGAUUUCCUUGUGCAUACAGAGGAACCUCCUUAGCAGUCCACUCCACCCUGGGUUAUGUAUCUUGGUCACAUUGCAGUGUGACAGAAAAUGGGAGGAAAUGUUUGGAGCUGUCUUUUGUUCACUGAGAUGCCCUAUCUGUGUCUUCCAAGCAUUAUCUGAACAUCCCAGAAGGCAAAACAGAACAUGGCAUCCUUCGCCUCCAGGUGGAAGAUAAAGAUUCACCCAACACACCUGCUUGGAGAGCCAAGUAUAAGAUACUGGGAGGAGAUGAUACAGAGAAUUUCAGCAUUGAGACAGAUCCUGAUACCAAUGAAGGGGUUUUAAGCAUCACAAAGGUAACGUAGAUGGACGAAGCUAUUGAUAGGUUUUGAAGAAUUAUUCCAAGCAUAGAACUUUUAUCAAGAUUUGGCUAGCAGCACGUCAUCAUUUACAGCCCCCCACCCCACCCUACUGGUUCUUACUAAUGGGAGAUUGUGAUUUUGUGGUUGCUCUGCAUCUUUUAUUUUCAGCCUUUGGUUUACGACAAACAUAACAAGAGGAGACUCGUGAUUUCUGUGGAAAACGAAGAGCCCUUCUUUAUCUGUGAAGGCGGUCAGGUGCGGAGUUCUCCAGGCAACCAAGAAGCAUAUGUGAACAUAAACAUCAUUGAUGAGAACGACGCUCCUCAGUUCCAUCCUCCUGCUCUUGUUCUUUGGAAAGAGGAAGGGAUGAUCCCUGGGAACACGAUUGCACAUUACACAGCCAAGGAUCCAGACACAACACCACACAUCAUAAGGUGGGGAAGAUCUGCUGGUCAUUCUUGUACGCAUGUCCCAUAUGAAUGGGUCUUCCAAAGGAGCUUGCUUAGGGGUCCACUUCAGAGAGAGUGAGGAGGAAUAGAUUCAAGAACCCAAGAGCACAGGGAGUCAUUGAACAUUACACUUUGCCCAAUCAAGUGUCCCAUGACCGCCAUUUUGCCAAGUGUGGUGUAGUGGUUAAGAGCAGUAGACUCGUAAUCUGGUGAACCGGGUUCGAUUCCCCGCUCCUCCACAUGCAGCUGCUGGGUGACCUUGGGCUAGUCACACUUCUCUGAAGUCUUUCAGCCUCACUCACCUCACAAAGUGUUUGUUGUGGGGGAGGAAGGGAAAGGAGAUUGUUAGCUGCUUUGAGACUCCCUAGGUUAGUGAUAAAGUGGGGUAUCAAAUCCAAACUCUUCUUCUUCUUCCUUUAAGCAUGAGUAGUCUACCUGUUUGAGUGCUGUGUCAAAACGUUUCUUCCGAUUUUUCACAUGUUUCAUUCCCCUGUGAAAUUUGCUUCUGUUGUCCUGCUUCAUUCAUGGAGCACUUUAAAAAUGUCCUUAACGUUAAAAAUAAAUAAAUUUGGACCUUACGUUAUUGUUGCGAGGUGACCAUGGGUAGUGUGUAUGUGGUCACCAUGCUCCCAAAUUAAAAAUAUAUUUGCAGAACAGUAUACUUACCUGGCUGCCUAUGCUUCCUGAUCUGAAAAGAAGUCUCAUGGGUGGAGUUACAACACGGGAGCAUCAGCAUCAGGAUGUCUUCCCCUAGGGCAGGCAUAGGCAAACUCCGGCCCUCCAGAUGUUUGGGGCUGCAAUUCCUAUCAUCCCUGACCUCUGGUCCUGUUAGCUAGGGAUGAUGGGAAUUUUAGUCCCCAAACAUCUGGAGAGCCAGAGUUUGCUUAUGCCUGCCCUAGGGUAUCAUAGAAGUGGGAGAAACUGUGGGAGAAUGGUUGCCACAUGACUGAGAUUGUUGCACACUCUGAUUUUUGUUUCUGUAGCAAUUGCAGUGUUUUUACUUUCAAAGAAGUUUUCUUUUCAAGAAAAUGAUAAACUGCUCUCUGGUGCAUGGCAAACAGCCUCCCUGCCUUCCAUCUCUUAUAGGAAAGCCUAGCUGUGGAAACCAUGGGGAUUUUAGGAGGCAUAGCGCCCAGGAAGGCUGCAGUAUGCAGACUACUGGAGAAUGGAUACAUUUUCUCUCCACGGCUGUUUGUUUUUCACCUAAUACUAUGCUAUUCAUCUUGCUGUCUGCUAUUUAACAUAGUUUACACAAUUAUUCCUGCCCUUUUAUUUAUUUAUUUAUUAAAUUUGUAUACCGCCAGUCACCCAAAGAUCAUAGGGCAGUUCACAACAUAGAAAUACAAAAUGGGGACUUGCGUACUUCACAAAUUUAACAUAAUUAGUAACAUUUUCACGCCAUGCAUUUCAAUGUAAAGGAAAUGUCAAAACCAUGCAAAUAAACCCCACCAAAAAUUAUGUAUUGGUUGUAAGAUUAAAUAAAGACCCCCAAGAAUUAUGUGAGCGAAUAGCCACUGUAUUUGCUAGAUCGAGUUCUGCGCUGGACCUGGGACAAAAACGCGAGUGGCAACAGUUUUUGCUACUGCUUCAGGCUGAAUUCCCUGACACCCCUAUUUGCAAAACCCUGGAGCCAUUUUGGAAGUAAUGUCAAUGCAACCAAAGCCUUCCACUCCCCCAUGAGAAUUUUACAGAAACUCUUCUUUCCACCUGACUUUUUUUUUAUAUGAGUGCAGUUUCUUUUUCUUUUCACUGUUGGAGAAUGGUUGGAAAAGGAAGUGGAAGGAAAUGUUCAGCACAGCACUAAGUAAACCCUUGAUUUCCAGUCCUUUGGAGGGUUGGAAAGCAAACCCUGCCUGAUAGCUACUCUGGAGCCUUCAUCGCUCAUUUAAAAAUAAAACCUUUGAUUUCCUCUUUAAGGUACAAAGUAGUUUCUGACCCAGCUGGCUGGGUGACUGUUGACGAACACUCGGGGACCGUGACAAAUGUGAAAACACUAGAUAGAGAAUCUCCCCACGUGAACAACAGUGUAUACACCAUUGUGAUUCACGCCAUUGACGACGGUAAGUAGCUUCUCAGACAAUAACGGUGCAAGAUGCAAAGUGUCCCAAGGCAGCUCUGGUUUAGCACCUAACACUCAGCUUUGAAUAUUUCCGGGCAGAAAAUGAAAGCAACAGAAUUAUCCUGUGAUGUCUAAAAAUCAUAGCUGUCAACUUACAGAUUUGAAAAUAAGGGAUCAGCAGCCAAAAUAAGGGAUCAACAAUUACUUUGAUAAAAUACAUAUUUUGUUGCAUGCAAAUGGCUUUAGAUACCUAUUAGGUCCAUAAAUUACCAUAUAGCAUAUAUUCAACAACAAAAAAAACAGCAACAAUUUGUUGUUGACAAAGGACAGCUGGACAUGGAAAGGGCCCCAUUAUAUUCAGUAGCUUAUUUAAGGGACAUCAUCAAUAAGGGACAGCAGCGGGACAUGGCACUGGGAAAAGGGACUGUCAUGCCAAAUAAGGGACGCUUGACAGCUAUGCUAAAAAUGUUGAGAAGCUGUCUUAAAAAUGCUUCCCAGUCAUAGAGCCGUUUCUUGGGCCCCUGUGUGAACUCUGACCUAGAUGAUCCUUUCUUGCCUUGAGAGUUUGCAAAACAGGUCCAGCUUGAAUGAUGUGGAUGACCUGACAUUUGCAACAGAGAAAUACAGUGUGGGAAGCGUUUGCUGAGGAGGUCAGAUGCCAAAAGCCAGUGGGUGAAAUCCAUUUCUCAUUCUGUGCGUUCCUUCCUGCUUUGUAAUAUUUGCCCUCCCUCUCUUUUUUUAGCAUUGUGCUCAUUUGUUCCCCCUAUUAGGUGUUCCACCACAAACUGGCACAGGCACUAUCCAACUUCACCUCUCUGACCUCAAUGAUAACGCUCCCAUGUUAGUUACAUCUUUGCUGGUGGUCUGCAGUGGAAAAGAAAAAGGCCCAUUCCUUGUAAAAGCAGAAGACAAAGACUCUGAUCUCUAUGCAGAGCCCUUUACAUUCCAGCUAGUAGAGACCAAUGGGAAUGUGCAAGACUCUUGGAAACUGGGACAGAACUUUGGUAAGCUACCCUCCUACUGUGACGUAGGGAUUUUCCAUGUUCUGCCCUGUACAGUGGUACCUUGAUUCUCGAACGGCUUAGUUGUCGAACAAAUCGGCUCUCGAACGCCACAAACCCGGAAGUAAGUGUUUCGGUUUGUGAAUGUUUUCCGGAAGCCGAACAUCCGACACGGCUUCCACUUGAGUGCAAGAAGCUCCUGCAGCCAAUCAGAAUCCGUGCCUUGGUUUUCGAAUGGUUUAGGGAGUCAAAUGGACUCCUGGAACGAAUUAAGUUCGAGAACCAAGGUACCACUGUACUCUUCGUACGCAGAACUCUAUAGUAUCUCAUAUGCUAAAUUAUGCAAAUUGUAUUGUCAUUACAUUAUUCCACCCCAUUCAUUUCAGUGCAAGGAAAACUCAGUGCAAAUGGGGUUUUGUCUUGUCUUGUAUAUGAUUUUGAUAUUCUGUACAUCGCUUUGACAGUCUUCAGACUAAUAAAGCUAUAGGAGACAUUUCUUAAACAAACAGGGUUCAAGUAGGGGAGGAGACAAAAGUUUCUGGCCUUUCAGCAGAGCUAAUGGGGCUGCAAGAUAUCUCCACCUCCUCUUCGACUAUAAGCCUGAUAGAAUGGCAGGUGCUGUUAAAUGUGGAUUUCCAUCUCCAUUCUCUGGCCUGUUGUCUGCAGUUUUUCCUGACACCACAGGUUAAUAAACUACCUAUAAAUGAUAAGAGAAAGCAUUUCUUCUGAAGUUUUCAAAGAAGGCUGGACAGCUAACCAAAGAAUUGCCUAGAGGAUUUGCAAGCAACCAUUCAAUUCUUAAAAACCUAAAAAUGAUUUAAAUCUGGUUAAUAAUAUUUGGAAGGGUUCAGCCUGCUCAUCCUUGUCUGCAUCAUCACUAUUGUCUCAUUACCAGCGUGGUAUUAUUAUAAUUAGCAAAAAGAAAUAAUGUAAGCAUUCUCCCUCUCUCCCACUUUAGAUGACUCAGUCGAGCUGUUUAUGUUGAAAAGCCUCCCUUCUGGCAUUUACGAAGUGCCGCUCCACAUUUUCGACAGGCAGGGGUUUUCUGUGGAACAGACCCUCCAUGUCGGUGUGUGUUCCUGCCGGGAUGGGAUCACAUGUGAGCAGGAGCUGAAACUGGCUUCCAUGUCGGUGGGUCUUGGAGCAGGAGCAGUCGCUGCAAUCGUGGCUGGGUUCCUGUUACUGAUUUGUGAGUGAUGUCGUAAAAUUGCUUACUGGCAGAAAUAACGUACUCAGAUCUUGUGCAGAGAGAAUGUAAACAUGUUAUCCUUGUUCGUCAGUGACUGAUUUUUUUAGUGGGUGCUCAAUUUCAAUUCAAAGUGCAUGCACACGUAGAUUAGUAGGGUGAGCUGCUUCUUCAUGGGAUUAAACCACUGAGCCUCUUGGGAUUGCUGAUCGGAAGGUUGGCACUUUGAAUCCACCUGACGGGGUGUGCUCCCGUUGCUCCAUCCCAACUUCUUCCAACCUAGCAGUCCAAGAGCACACCAGUGCAAGUAGAUAAAUAGGUACCACUGCGGCAGGAAGGUAAACAGUGUUUCUGUGUGCUCUGGUUUCUGUCACGGUGUCCUGUUGCACCAGAAGCGGUUUAGUCAUGCUGGCCACAUGACCCAGAAAGUUGUCUGUGCACAAAUGCCGGCUCCCUCGGCCUGAAAAGUGGGAUGAGUGCCACACCCCAUAGUUGCCUUUGACUGAACUUAACCAUCCAUGGGUCCUUUUACCUUUUACCUUGACCUAUUGAAUUAAUUAAUUCAGGCAAUUUCUAUAUGCUUAAGAUAUAAAUAUAUCUUUAAAUGGUGUACAACAAACUAACCGGGAGAUGGAGGGGAUCCUAGGAGGGAUUUUCCCUCCCACUUAUCCAAAAAAGUGUUAAAGCUCAUCCUUUGUUUUUCUUUUCCUUGUUACGCAGUGGGCUUAGCUCUCCUACUUUGGUGUUCCUCAACACCAGAAUCAAAGAAAGGCCCUCCCUUCAUUCCGUACGAAGAAGGCAACCAGACCCUGAUCCACUACAAUGAGGAGAGCCAACAAGCUUUGUCUCAGGUGGUAAAUAAUACCGCUAUCCAUUGUGUGGUUAGAUGGAAAACAACACAGGGCUCUUGCAGUUGUAUAGAAGAGGGAGCUUCUGCAACAGUAGCUUUCAAUUCAGAUAUUAAAGAUGUAGGGGUUCUGCUGUCUUUUGCACCUGCCCACCUUGUAUUCUCUCCCUAUGACGUUCCAGGGGCAAUGUUAUUGGGAUUACUGUACAAUCAUCAUGUGAGAUUCAUUAAGCCGAAUGGAAUUUAUUCCUUUUUUUAAAAAAAAAAAUUAUUAUAAAAUACACACACAUUGUGAAUAUACAAGCAUACAAACAUACAUUUCAUACAAUCCUUAAAUAUAUACAAACAUACCUACAUUCAGUCCCACAGAUAAUUCCUUUUCCCAUCACCAUCCAACACCCCUCCCCCGACCUUUGUGUUAAACUUCCAAUCUACUCAAUUGCAAUUUCUUUCCACUUCUAUUACUUUCUUUCACACACAUUUAACCUAAUUUCAUGCUUCUUUUUCUAUUACACAUUGUUAUCCAUCUUAUUUAGUAUUUCAGUAUUUAAAACGGAAAUUGUUUAUUCUAAUAGGAGAUCUGAUUUUUCAAUAUGGUUUUGUAAGUAUCCUUUAAACACCUUCCAAUCCCUGUCUAUCUUCUCUUUUGAGAUCCUUCCAAUUUCUCCCAUUGUUUUGGAUAUUGUAGUACUCCAAUAAUUUGGCAAGCCACUCUAUUUUUGUCGGUAUAAUACCACUUUUCCAAUUUUUCGCAAUCAAUAGCCUUGCGGCUACUGUUGCGCACAAAUAUAAUGUCUUGUCUUCUUCCUUUAGACUUCCUGGUACUAUUCCCAAUAGAAAACCUUCUGGUGUUUUCCUAAAUGAAUAUCUAAACUUUUUUUUCAUUUCGUUAUAUAUUGUUUCCCAAAAUUGUUUGAUGUUUAAACAGUUCCACCAUAUAUGUACCAUAGUACCUUUUCCAGUGUUGGAAGAAUGGAAUUUAUUCCUAUUGAGUUGUAUAAGAUGGUAGUCUUUGAUUCUUUGGGACCAGAGAGCAGCGGAGACUUGGAGUGCCUUUGUAACAUCUGCUUUCUUUGCAUAUGUACUAGCAGGACAUAUAGGCAAGCAGACACUCCUUCAACAGGCAGCAGAUCCCCAGAGAAUAUUUGUGUCGACCUUUUCCAGGCAGGCACCCACAAUUUUAGUAGUUCCAGCUAGAUUCUUGUAUUGCUUUCUGUCCAUUCAGAACAGCUGCUUCACACGCAACCAACAUGUAAUAAUGCAUUUGAUUUUGACUUAAUGUCCCAUUUAGGAUACACCCGAUAUGGGAGAUCCUGCUACAUCAUCCGCAGUCUAUGCACAAAUUUCCAAAGAGAAAGCACAAACAAUUAAGGUAACCACAGAACUCCUUGAGCUUUAUUGAAUGUAUAUUUAAAGGGCCUGUAAUGGAACAGUACAGUUUCCUUGCCUGGUGUUGCUCUUGUUUGUCCUCCCCCCUCCCUUUCUGUUGGGUAUUAGGGGAGAAAUGUAUUUCAGUUUGCUUUUAAAGGUGAACUUGCCUAAUUCACACUUUCCCCAACAAUAUAUGAACUGUAAGGAAGCCAUCCUUCAAAAUUCACAGUUCUCUGAAUUUUGCAAUGCAGUUCUUAGGCCAAGUAAUGUGUACAAAAAUGCAUAUACUAGGGCACAAUUUUGCUUAAAAAUGCAUACCUUGCUGAAAAUGACAUACCAAAAUGUAUGCUAUGGGGAAAUUGCAUACAUAAGUGUGUAUACUAUAUUAGGAUACAUUUUCACCCAAAUGCUCAAAUGUACACGAGGGCUUUUACAAAAAAGUUCGCAGACUGAUGUGGUCGUGUGGAGAACUGAAUUUAAGAUUGGAAAAAUGAGAAACUAACUGCAAAUCCACCCAUCUCUAGCAAUAGUGUGCAUAUUGGAGUAACUGAAAAGCUAUACGGGGGUCUCUGCCUUGCUGAAAGAUAACUGCUCUGACCCUCAAACUCUGCUUAUUCAGCAAAGGUCUCUACUCUUAUAGGCUAUUCUUAGAGGCACUUUUGUAGGUGAGUGGGAGUCUGCAUCAUGAAGGGCCCCCUGAUCAUGUGGAAGAUCCUAUACAAAAGCUAUUGGUUCCCCUUUCAGACCAGCUCACAGAGGUUGGGGUGGUUCUCAGCAGGCCAUUAAUGCCAGAGGCAGGGAUUGACCUGGAGGUCAAAGGCCUGUAGGUAUCUCAUAGCCUAGGAUGUUGUCCAAGGCAAUCACUCAGGGCUGAAAUCUGCCUUGUAUGUAGGGAUUGAGCUCCUUCAAAUUGUCCUUUUACAGUGGUACCUUGGGUUAAGAACUUAAUUAGUUCCGGAGGUCCGUUCUUAACCUGAAACUGUUCUUAACCUGAAGCACCACUUUAGCUAAUGGGGCCUCCUGCUGCUGCUGCGCCACCGCUGUGCGAUUUCUGUUCUCAUCCUGAAGCAACGUUCUUAACCCGAGGUACUAGUUCUGGGUUAGCGGAGUCUGUAACCCGAAGCUUCUGUAACCCGAGGUACCACUGUAUAUGCUUGUUUAUUUAUUGUCCAAUGCUUUUAAUGCCUUGAUAUUGGCUUGCAUCCCAUGAUGCACCAGCAGGGCUUUGCUGACACCCAGGGCCGUCUUAAGCUUAUCCGGCGCCGUGGUGCAAAGAUCCCUCCAAUGCACCCCCCCCAUUUCCCAUAGUUGCUGACCUUUUUUAGGGAGGACGGCACUGCCAGCCCCCAGCUUUGCUGGAGGGCAGCUCCUCUGGCGGGGAAGAGGUGGAGUCUGGAUGCAGCGGCUCCUGGUUCAGCUGGUUGCUUCGUGCCAUGGUGGCCAUGGCAAGCAGAGGCUCCACGUGUGGUGCUGCUUCGGCGCAGCAUGGCGGAGGCAGGUGAGGGCGGCGAGCUGAUGCUGGGAGGCGCCGUGUCCAGCCUCUGCCUCUUCCCUGGCGCCCUCCAGAACUUGGCUCCCUGCACCACUAGCCUAUAUGGGUAAGGCGCCCCUGCUGGCACAAAUGGAGCUUUGUUUCCUUUCUUUUCCCCAUGUGCCUCAAAAAAUCUACUCUAGAAGGUCUCCAACCACCUGGAGCUGAUUUUGAGGGUGGAGUGGAGGAGACAGGAGAAGGAGGGAAAUUGACUCCAUUGCACAUGUGGAAGUCUUGUUAUGUCAGCAGAGCUACAGCGCUGGAUAGGGGCCAGUCAUUUCUUUUGGUAUUUUAUUUCUUAGAGGCCAACUGGAGCGAGCACCUCACAUUCACGGACAUCCAGUCAAGUACACUAUGAACAAAACCUACUUGUGAGUAAAAUGUGUACGAAACCACCGUUGCUUCAGGUAUAGAAAAAUGUAUGAUGGUAUGCAGUAGUUCACGGGUGCUAGAUUUUGUUGUUGCUUUCAGUUUGCAAUCAUUUAUCAUCAUCAUCAUUUUAGUUAUAUGCUGCCUUUCCAUAGUUAAAACCAUGGGUAGGCAAACUAAGGCCCGGGGGCCGGAUCCGGCCCAAUCGCCUUCUAAAUCUGGCCCGCGGACGGUCUGGGAAUCAGUGUGUUUUUACAUGAGUAGAAUGUGCCCUUUUAUUUAAAAUGCCUCUCUGGGUUAUUUGUGGGGCAUAGGAAUUUGUUCAAUUUUUCCCCCAAAAUAUAGUCCGGCUCCCCACCAGGUCUGAGGGACAGUGGACCGGCCCCCUGAUGAAAAAGUUUGCUGACCCCUGGUUAAAACAAUUCUCAAGGCGACUUACAGAAUGACAAGAUUUACAUAAUUACCUUUACCUUUAACAAAAGUCACCAACGAUAAAUAAAACACAUCAGAAAGUACACAACCAAAUGGAAAACAAUUUCCACAUAAUUCAUAAAAUCUAAAAUUAAGAAUACAGCAUUAAUAUCAGUCACAAUUCAAAAUGACAUAGAUAAAAAAUAAAAGCAAUUUAAAAAACAAAAACAGAGCCCUCUCUGCCCAGCAGCAGCAGCAGCAGCAGCAGCAGCAGUACUCCUUUGUGGAGCCUGUCAGGCCCUGCCCCAAGCCAGGUGGAGAGAACCAGGACAGGGCCAUGUUAAGUUGUGGGUGAACAUAUCAGACGACACAGCCAUUCUUCAAACAGCUCUUGUUUAUUCACAGGCCAGAACAGAACUGAACUGAAGGGUUGAGCCAGCCUGCUUAUAUAGAUCUCCAGUAGAAUGCACCAGUAACAAUUUUCUGUAACUAUCCAAUCACUUAGCGUCACUUUCUAUUCCUUAUUUGCAUAUGUGGACCUGAGUGAAAACGAUCUACAGUAUCCCCCUGCUGGCCCAGGGUGAGAACUUCAGUACAUAACAGCCCUUCAGGCUCCCAGCAGGUCAGUCCUGGGCAGCAGCAACAGCGGCGGCAGUUCUUUAUUAUGCCCCCAACUUUACAUUGCAUUUCCUUUGCAUUAAAAUGAAUGGGGUGGAAUAAUUAAUGACAAUGUAAUUUAGGGUUUUAAUGUAUUUAAUUAUGUAAAUUACAUAAGUUACAUAAUUUCACCAUAUUUUUGCAGAAAAUAGUUAUUCAUUUUAUCCUUAUACUGCUUUAUAUUUUUUAUGAAGGAACCUACAUUAAAACAUCAAAGCAUUCCAAAACAAAACAUUACAGGAGAUCAGAUUUAAAAUAUGAAUCUAAAUAUAGUUAACAGGAAACAAAAAUAUUGCCUUAAAUGUUUCACAUUAAGACAUUACAAAGGAAGGCCAAUUAUAGAACACCUUAGAAAAUGAAUUGCAGAAGGACAUAAGCAGCACUGCAUGCAGUGAAUAUAAAAGAAUACGUUGUUUGUUAAUUUAUCGUUCAGAAUAUUGCUCAAGGUGGCUGACAAUAAAAUGGAAAUUUAUCAAACUAGAGUAAAACACAUUAAGCAUAUUAAAAUACAUGAUAAAAAUCACGCAGCACAGAGAUGAACAGCCCUUACAGCAAAGAGGAGCACUUGUCAUAGCUACAAGCAGCAGAAAGGUUUGUAGCAAUUGUGACUUUCGUCUGCUCCCAGAAAAUUACCAAUAUUCUAUGACCACCACUGCAAAGUUGGGGGCGGGGAUUUUGAAUUGAAAUGGGCUUCUGAAAGUCCCUUGCAGGCAAGGUCACCUUGACAACAUUGUGGCAUUGGGUAAUUGACAGCUCCACACACUUGCCAUACUUGGCUCACAAGGGUUGGAGGAGAUGAUGAUGAUUAUGAUAAUGAUAAUUUAUUAUUAUUUAUACCCUACCCUCUGGCUGGGUUUCUCUAGCCACUCUGGGUGGCUUCCAACAAAAUAUUAAAAUACAAUAGUCUGUUAAACAUUAAAAGCUUCCCUAAACAGGACUGCCUUCAGAUGUCUUCUGAAAGUCUGGUAGUUGUUUUUCUCUUUGACAUCUGAUGGGAGGGCAUUCCACAGGGUGGGUGCCACUACCGAGAAGGCCCUCUGCCUGGUUCCCUGUAACUUGGCUUCUCGCAGUGAGGGAACCACCAGAAGGCCCUCGGCGCUGGACCUCAGUGUCCGGACAGAAUGAUGGGAGUGGAGACGCUCCUUCAGGUAUACUGGACCAAGGCCGUUUAGGGCUUUAAAGGUCAGCACCAAUACUUUGAAUUGUGCUCGGAAAUGGAGAAUCUGACCCAGUGGGCAGAAAAGGUUCUUCACUCCUGUUCUGUUCCAUCUGUCCACACACCAGACAAUGUGUUUUAUGUGGCAAUCAUGUUUGCCACAUGUUUGUAUGCUAGUGUUCUUACUGCUGCAGGACUUGAGAGAGAGUGAGAGCGAGAGUGGUUUUAGUGAACUAUCCUGAGGCUUUCUGCAGUUUGAUGUCCUAAUGUGUUUCAAAUAUUCUAAUUUUAAGGAGAGUGGUUUUAGCAAGAUGCAUGGAAAUACACGGACUGCAACUCAACUGUAUUUUUAUAAGCUAAGCUUCAUUUUCUUUUAAAGGAUGACCAUAGAAUGACCCAAGCAAAGCUGACAGCGCCUGGUGGAAGUAUCGCUUCACCCAUAACCAUCCCAGAAUAUUUCCAAAUGAUCCCUGGCUGGCAUCAGGUUAGAUAAAUCACAACAGGAUCCUGCCCCACCCCCUGCACUUUUUAUCUCUAAUAACUCAAGAUGUGUCACGUUACAAAAAAUUGCUAUCUGUAGAUUUCAUAGUUUCCCCUUAUACUUGAAGUAAUUCUAGAUGGAAUGUAAGCAAGUGGUGGCUCUAAAAUUCAUUUUCUCUGCUUCAGCAGACAACCUUGCUCCCCCAAAACAGUAAGAAGCGCUGGAAGAACCCACAUGACCGGAUGCUGGAAACAUUGGAUGAAAUCUUAAAUCAAGUGAGAAACAGGAAGAGGUUGAUUACUUCCCCUUCUCCAAGAACUAUGAAAUGCGUCCAGUGGAAUGAGUUUCAAUAAUGGCUCAAAUUUGCUUUUGUUAAUGCAGAAGCCCAAAGAUCUUCUCCUGCCACCAAAUUAUUUUAAAUUGGGGAGGGUAGAAAAUAAAUCUAGGGAGCUCCUGAAUGCACAAAAGAUGCUCUACUAGUGAGCUGUUGUCCUUCUUCCCGAAUGUGCUGCAGAUAACAAAGAUUUAUUUCAUUAAGCAGGGAUGGGGAACCUUUGGCUCUCCAGGCCUGUUCUGAACUCCAGUUCCCAUCAGCCCAGCUAUAGCAUGGCCAAUGGUCAGGAAUGAUGGGAGUUGUAAUUCAACAAUGUCUAGAAGGCCACAAAUUUCUCAUCCAUGUAGCAGAGGCAGGAAGGUGCUCUUGUUUAGCUAUCUAAAUGCUCUUUUGCUCACGUUCUCUCCUCAGAAACUUAACCACAUCGCCGAUCUAGAGGAUAACUGGGUCUCUUACGCUCCUCAUGUUUAUGCAGAAGAAGGAAUUUUGGAGAAAAGUGAAUCCGCUCUCUCCCUACCAGUUGUGGAUGAUGACAGCCUACCUCCUGAUUUCUUGGCUACUUUGGGGCCCAAGUUCACCACUCUUGACAAAAUCUGCAGCAAGUGAUUCCUUUAAAGCUGCCCUAUGAGCAGCUGGGAAUCCUCCCAGUUUAAUUUGAAAUUGAACUAUAGCUAUGCCGUUCAUAAAGGGAUUUUUGCCAGCAUUCAUUCUGCUGAAUUUUUAUACUUGAAUAAAUGGAUUAUUUUAUUUUGCAAUAAAUACAGUGUUUUUAAAAUGUUGAUGUUGCAUUGUGGGAAAUGUUAUGUUUCCCAUUGUCUUAUCCAGAAAAAUUACACGAAAGCUUAAGCUACCCUAAGCCAAUUGUCCUCAUCUUGGUGCUCUCCUGAUGUUUUGGAGUACAAUUUCCACCAUGUCUGUUGGCUGGGAUUGUUGGCUGAUGGAAGCUGUAGUCUAAAAUGUCUGGAGGGCACCAUGUUGGGAGGAAGGCUGCCUUUGGCUCUAAGCAUGUGUAGUAGACAGUGGAAGUGGGUCCAUUAGAGAGAAUGGGAUGCUGCUCCACCAACUUGUCUGCUCUCUGCCAGCCCUGCCUGUCACUGAAGGUCUAUGUUUAUGCGAUGUUGCUGAAGCCAGCAGUGGUUAUUGGGUUGCACCGGGCAGCCAUCAGGUCUCUGAGCAUUGCAAAAUUCAUUAGAAAGAAGGCUUUAAGAAAGAAUAGGAAGGCACACUGAUGCAAAGUCUACAAAGUGCAGAAAAAGGGGUGUUGGACAUUCCUCUCUUGAAAAUGAUUCAUGCCCUUGAUCCUUUUCUCUAGACCAGGGAUGGGGAGCCUGUGACCUUCCACAUGAUGCCAGACUACAAAUC